GCGGCUGGUGGGGAGCGUGUGCGCGGCGCCGGGGGCUGAGCCAGCGGCGGGGAGCCGAGCCCCGGGACACUUGGGAGGAAGAAGAGGAGGAGGAGGAGAGAGGAGGAAGAAGGGGCCGCCCUUGGCCUCGGCCCCGCCAUGCCGGGCCCCACCGGGGAGCGUGGCCCGGUGGCAGCAGCACCCCGAGGGCUGUGAGCGGCCGCGGGUCUGGCCGGGGUGGGGGGUGUGGGGGGGCAGCCCCGGAGCGGCAUGGCCAGCCCCGACCCCCCCGCUGCCGCUGCCGCCGGGAUUUAGCCGGUGCCUGGAUGCUUUCGCCUCCCGUUGGCACUUCGGGAGGGCAUGUCCCUCCGGGCCCCGCCUGCUCCCUGACUGCCCGGUGAAGGGCUUCGCCGCCAGCCCCGUCCCGCCACCGGCCCCGGAGAGGGGGAAGCGCCCGCCCGCCCCGGCCCCGCUGCUCCGGUGGGUGCCGGGCGGGGGGGGCGCCGGGCACCGGUAACUUGGGUUUUAGCGUCUCCUCCGGUACCGGCUGGGGACAGCCCCCCCGCUCCGUUUCUUGACGGGAUUUGGGUUAAAACUUCGGCUUUUGGGGAGCCCCGAAGAUGCCUUUCCACCCGGUGACGGCGGCUUUGAUGUACCGGGGGAUCUACACCGUCCCCAACAUCCUCUCCGAUCAGCGCCCAGUGGAGAUCCCCGAGGACGAGCUGGAGGAGAUCCGUGAAGCCUUCAAGGUGUUUGAUCGGGAUGGCAACGGCUUCAUCUCCAAGCAGGAGCUGGGCACGGCCAUGCGCUCCCUGGGCUACAUGCCCAACGAGGUGGAGCUGGAAGUCAUCAUCCAGCGUCUCGACAUGGACGGUGAUGGGCAGGUGGACUUUGAGGAGUUUGUGACGUUACUGGGGCCCAAGCUCUCCACCUCGGGCAUCCCAGAGAAGUUCCAUGGCACCGACUUCGACACGGUCUUCUGGAAGUGCGACAUGCAGAAGCUGACGGUGGACGAGCUGAAGCGGCUGCUGUACGACACCUUCUGCGAGCACCUCUCCAUGAAGGACAUCGAGAACAUCAUCAUGACAGAGGAGGAGAGCCACAUGGGCACGGCCGAGGAGUGCCCCGUCGACGUGGAGACCUGCUCCAGCCAGCAGAUCCGUCAGACCUGCGUGCGGAAGAGCCUCAUCUGCGCCUUUGCCAUCGCCUUCAUCAUCAGCGUGAUGCUCAUCGCUGCCAACCAGGUGCUGCGCAGCGGCAUGAAGUAACGGAGCCACCUCCACCCAGCUCCUGCCACCGACGGGGGGCCGCGCCCAGAGCGAGGAGUACCGGGACAGACAGACGUCCACCUCCACAUCUGACUCAGACACACGAACCCCCGCCCUGGGACGGGAGGGGCGGGGGGCGCAACCCCGAGGAGAGGCCACCCCGCGCCGGGUCCCCGCCGCGCCGGGCGAUGCGAGCGCAUGGCUGCUUGCAGAGCAUGGGGGGAUCCGAGACCCCCAAAGUCACUGAAACGCCCCAGACCCCCCCACGCCGGACAAACCAACCCGUAAGUGCAUGUCCCGUGCAUGGAGCCCCGUGUGCCGCCCUGCCCUGCGCCGGGGGUGGGUCAGAGCCCCCCGCCCCGGGCGCCGGCUCCCGUCGGGCUCGCCGACACUAGCGCCUAUCGCUCGGUAAUCACGACACGAACCAAAUCACCCCUAAGCAAUACACGCGCCCGAGGUGGCUCCUGCGGCUGGGAGCGUUUGCAUGGACUUGGCUGCCAAGGGCUGGAUUUCACCCCCCCACCCCGCCUGUGCCCCCCACCCCGGCCCUGCGCCGUGCCUCAGUUUCCUCCCCUUCCAGAUGGUUCCCCAUCUGCUUGAUGCACUUUGAGCCGACCCAGCCCAGGAAGAGCCGGAGCGACCCCAAGGCCGGGGAGCCCGCGCCGGCCAGGGCCACCCGCCUGCACCCCUGCCCCCCUCCCCCUGCCCAGCCUGUAUGUAGCACCCACCUGGGCACCGGACUGGUUUGAGUUUGAGGCUGUUGCUCAUUCCUUGGAGUUGGUUCGGGGUUGUUUUUGUCUUCUUUU